UUAAGACAAGAAACAGUUGGAACAAACACCGAGAACUCGGCUACCGUCCGUUCAUCUACCGUCUCUCCCGCGCGUCUCUCCGCCAAGAGAGAUACACUUUAUAAGCACGCCGUCAUCACCACAAUGGCUGCCCGGCCUACCACACCUGCCUCGCCCAAGGAUGCCAAGGUUAAUUCCCCAGUACCGGGCACUCCCUUGUUCGGCUGUGAGCACGUGCAGCUACUUCUCUCCAAUAGUCAAGAGGUCACCAAUAGCUCUAUAAACUAUUUUAAGAUGCUGUUGAGGGUCAUAUUUGAUAAAGAUCCACUCAUUGCCCAGACUUCCAAGGCCACCGAUGGCCAGGUUACCACAUCUUUGACCUCCAACUAUCUCUGUUUACAAUGUUCUGCUAUAUUGCCCGAGGAGGAACGUGUCAAACAUGGCAACAAGAAGAGCCACCGUUUCUAUGUUGAUUCAAGGACCGGCUCACUUUUCUGCCAAUUCUGUGAAGAUUUCGUGUGGGACCCCACGUUGGAAGACCUCAGGGUUAGAAAGAUGGGCACAGGAUCAUUCUCCUCUAACCGCAAGAGGAAACAUGAGGAUAUGUUCUCCGACGCUGUGAAAGAGGAGCAGAGAUAUAUUUCUUUGCAUACGACAGCGGCAUCCUGCCGUGCGGAUGGCCUCCGCGGAAUAUACAAUGCUGGUGCUACAUGCUACCAGAACGUUGUACUUCAAAGCUUCUUGCACAAUCCUCUUCUCCGAAAUUUCUAUCUUGCAGAUGGCCAUCAGAGUGGCGACUGCCAGGUAUCCCACUGUCUAAGUUGCGCUAUGGAUGAUAUGUUUCAAGACUUUUAUGCCCUAGAAAACACAAAUGGCUACACUGCCGCUAACAUCUUGUCCGGAUUCUGGAUAUCCGAGAAGAAAGCAUUCGAGAAUCUCGUUACUACCAAAGAGCAGGAUGCGCAUGAGUUCUUCCAGUUCCUCGCCGAAGAGCUGCACGAAAGGAAUGGAGAUGGCAAGAAACCAGAAACUGGGAGUGAGCAUAGCUGCAACUGUAUUAUUCACCAAACCUUCUACGGCAAACUCCAAAACCAGACGACCUGCCAAAAUUGUGGCGGCGUUACCAAUGCAACCGAGUCUUUCCUUGACCUAAGCCUAGGCCUCGAGAACUUGGCGAGGAAAAAGGGCAAGAAGGAGCCCAAGGGGGAUCCUUCGCUAACACUGCAAGACUGUUUGGAUGAAGAAUACAUAAAGUCUGACAAGUGUGAAUAUCGUUGCCGAAAUUGCAACUCGUCGCAACAGGCUCGGAGAGAUCAUAGCAUUAAGCUGCUACCUAAUGUUCUUUCGAUACAGCUCAAAAGAUUUGAAUUUAAGCAAGGCGGUCGUGAUCGAGCUGCAUCCAAGAUUCGCACCAAGGUGCAGUUUCCGUUGCAAUUGAAUAUGCUGCCCUAUACAACAAAAGGCCAGAGCGACGCUGGGAGAGAGAGUCAAGAGCUGAAUCGUUCGUGCGUUUAUGACCUCUUGAGCGUUGUAGAGCAUGUGGGCGAGAUUGACACCGGACACUACGUAUCUUACUGUAGAGUCGGAGACCAGUGGUUCUCCUUCAAUGACCACAGGGUCGAAUUGGCUAAAAAGUCGGAUGUGCUAGGUAGUCAAGCCUACCUUCUAUUCUAUAUAAUCCGAUCCCUCACAUGAACAACGUAAUGAUUCUAGCAGAGUAAGCGAGGCUGAAUAGAGAAUUAAACAACCAGCAAGAUCUAUUUGCGAUGCAUUUGCACGGGGUCUGGUAUCGGUGGAAUCGACGGUCGCAUGUAUCUGGCGGAAAUAGAGGGGCAUUGGUCAAAACAAAGCGAUCUUGUGACUACCUCCUGUAUCGGCGUUGGGGUUGCUUUUCAAGCUGUACCUUUAUGCUCUCCGCAUGCUUACCUUCAUAGUAGCUAUAUUAUCUACCAACCUACUUGGGAACCUACUUAAUUAAGUGGUUGUCGUCUUAACAUAAAGAGUCCAGCAGUGCCCUCGU